UUUUUUUAGAAAUUAUGUCUAAGAUUAUUUACAUUACAUGUCAUUGUUAGCAGGAUUUAGAUGUUGAUGAUCUGAUUGCUAAUAAAACCUUUUUCAAAAAAUCGUUCAUCAUCUGGGUGUGUUCAUUAACGCUUUGCCUAUAAAAAUUUUAUGAAUGCUACAUAAAAUUGAAUAUCAUGCAUCAUAAAUGGUAUCCUUGCCCACCGGUGGGUGAGGUCGAAUGCAAUAACUGCAAGAUAAAAUGGUUUCGUUUCUGCGAAAUAUCUCUUGCAUUGAACCAGUUACUUACAUGCAGGACCAAAAUGAUAAAUUAUUCCGACAUUGAGAAUGUAAAAUGUUGAUGCCGUGGAAAAUCUUAAGGUUUUUAAACAUAUUUGUAAUCAGAAUAA